AUGCGAGCACUAUUGUCUAGAUUGCUCCGGCUACAGACUCCUGAUGCCCGACCAGCGGAUGAGUCACGGCCGCGGGAGGAGUUUCGUCGGUACAUCCCCGAGCUGGCAGAGCCGGUGCCGGCCUUGCCAGCUGAGAGGCCGCGAGUUCUUACGCCGUCGGCGUCUCUGGAGGAUCUACGCGACUCUGCAGCCGAUGCGACCGCUCAGUCUAGCUUCUUCCAGAAGCUCCCAUUCGAGAUUCGCCGCCGGAUCCUGGUCGAGGCAUUUGGCGGGCACACUAUCCACAUGGAUCUGUCUUUUGACCAUCCUGAACGGCCUUUGGACAAAGCCUUUUUCGAUGGCUCGAUAAAACAUCUGUCUAACCACGGAAAUUACAAUCGCGAGACAGGCUUGGAGAGUCGACAAGAGACGUCGAGGUAUAAAGUCGAUUCCUCAUUGCCAAAAAGAUGGAUCUGGCGCAGUUCCGACUGCCAUAGAAACCCGCCGUGGGAUAGAAGAAGCGACGAGCACAACAAGUAUAAGGAUAGAGCGGUCAAUGCAUCAGAGGACCGUUGCCGCCUCGGUGGUGUCGAAGGCCACUUUUGUCAACUUUGGCCGGGUGAACGGCCGCACAAGUGUUUUGUAGGAGCAAUGGGAUGGCUGCUAAGCUGCCGACAGGCGUACUGCGAGGGCGUUGAUGUGUUGUAUGGCACGAACACUAUCCACACCGCCAGCAAGCAAAUGCUCUUGCACUUAGACAAGCUUCUUCUUCCUCAAAGAUUAUCCACGAUUAGAUCAGUGGAACUGGUUUGGCAUUUCAAGCCGUAUGCACUAGAUACUGUUGAAGUUGGUCCGCUUGAUGACUUGCGUACGUUCUACACGUUGUUAAAAGCCGUUCCUACGACUUUCCCUAACCUCACAUCGUUCUAUAUGGCCUUGUGGGGGUGUUUAACCCCUUUGAAGGAACAUAACGGACGCCAGGUUUACAUGGACGAGGCCGAGUCCAUCAAAAUCACCGACAGAGAUAUAAUGACUCCGAUUGAUAGGAUGAUUUCCAAGUUCAGCCCGAGGCUCAGACAGUGCACAAUUGCACUCGGUAGCUUGGAGUACGAAAUAAGGAGAAGGCAGGCCGUGGAAGCCGGAGACGUUGAGGUUGAGCAAAUUCAUCUUCAGCACUUGCAGGAGCGCCACUGGAGAUCUUUGAAAAAUAGUUCGGAUGGGUUAAAAGGGUACUGGAUUCAACUUGGACAUCGGGAGAUGGGUAUAAUGUACAUGUGUAGUAUGGGGGAGCCACCCCAAAAGGGCCCUCCGGAGGACGAAGUUCUGUUGCAGCCUUGGUACCUUGUGGCAGAGCCAAGACACCUUAGAUUCUAG